UGGGGUUGGAGGCCAGGCCUGUACUGUGACUCUUCAUAAGGCUGGCAGGACCAUGUGUUGCAGAGUCUGGCCUCCUCCCUCACCCUGAGGCAGCUGCCAGAACCCGAGGCUGGAGGGCCAGAUUCCCUGUCUCUGCAGAAGCCUCAGUAAGGACCAUGUCCCUGUUUCCACUGCUCCCUGUCCUUCUCUUGAGUAUGCUGGCAGCAUCCUUCUCAGAAACAGAAACCUGUGAGGGUUUCCAGAAGACCUGCCCUGGGACAGCCUGCGGUUGUCCAGGAGCCAAUGGCUUCCCGGGGAAAGACGGGCGCGAUGGCACCAAGGGAGAAAAGGGAGAGCCAGGCCAAGGGCUCAGAGGUUUACAGGGCCCUCCUGGGAAGCUGGGCCCUCAAGGAAUCCAAGGGUCCCCUGGGUUACCAGGAGCAGUGGGCCAAAAAGGGGAUCCUGGAGAUUGUCCAGUUUGUGAGAGCCGCCUGGAUAGUUCAGAAAGAAGAGCUUUGCAAGAAGAAUUGGACCGUAUCAAAAAGUGGCUGACCUUCUCAAUGGGCAAGAAAGUUGGGAAGAAGUUCUUCUUGACCAAUGGUGAAACGAUGAGCUUCGACAGAGUAAAGACUCUGUGUGCCCAGUUCCAGGCCUCUGUGGCCACCCCCAUGAAUGCUGAGGAAAACAAGGCCAUCCAGAGAAUAGCCAGUAGUAGACAUGUCUUCCUGGGCAUCACAGAUGAGGAGACUGAAGGUCAUUUUGUGGACCUGUCAGGAAGGGGUCUGACCUACAAAAACUGGAAAGCUGGUGAGCCCAACGAUGGUGCCAAUGGGGAGGACUGUGUGAUGCUCCUAGAGGAUGGCAUGUGGAAUGACAUCUCCUGCUCCUCCUCCUUCUUGGCCGUCUGCGAGUUCGAGUUUGCUGGCUGACGGAGCCCGUCCGUCACCCUUCUCACAGACCCACAGUUGGCAUUGAAAGAUAAAUCUGUAUCAAUUUCCCACACCCAGUAUUGAGUUGCCGCUCUGUGGGGAAUGAGAAAAUGAGAAGAAUGGACUGAAUGGUGAGAUGUGAAAGUGAGACGAGGGAAGAGGCAGACCACGCUGCCACAAGAGUUCCUGGUUCAGACACAAUCACUAAGAGUCACUAACCACCGCAACAGUAACAACAAAAUAAUAAUAGCAGUAGAGCAGGAGCAACACUACUAUUAUUAUCUUUUAAUGUAUGCAAUGAGUCGACCCUACGUUAUACAUACUACAUUCAUUACCUAAUUUAAAUAGGCUCUACACUUUUGUUUGAAUAGUGUCAACUUGCUAAGGUAUAAAAAUAAGGUUAAUUUAUUUUUCCAUGUAACUAUGAACACCAGGGUUUUCCUUUCUCUUUGGGCAGAUGGUUCCUCUAACGACAUUCCCCAGCCUAAUUCCAUAGCUUUUCUGCCAGUCUCAGGUACUAAGAGGAUCUGUUGUGUUGUUUUUUUCUCUCUGCACUCUAUUUUAUUUUCUUUUUAAUGAGGCACUAAACUAUGUAAAGAACAUAAAUCUCAAGCAAACAAAAUUGAUGAAAUCUCACAUGUGUAUACACCCAUGUAACCACCUUCUACAUCAAGAUACAGGACAUUUCCAGUAUUCUAGAAACCCCUUCCUAACCCCUUCUAAUUGAUUUUCCUAAAGGUAAAUACCAUUUGGACUUCUAUUACCAUAUCUUAAUUUUGUCUGUUAAUGAACUUCAUAUAGAUAGAGUCAUAUUAUAUACACUGUUUUAUGUCUUGCUUUUAUUCAUUAAAAUUUAAAUCUGUGAGAUUCAU